AUGGACAAGUGGUUGACUGUUGGGGUGUUAGCUGUACUAGUUGGAGACGUUCUGGGUGUGACUUAUCAGUUGGUGACCCAGAAGAAGUCGUUCUACGACGCCGAACACUACUGUCAGACCCAUGGUGGUCAUCUAGUGUCCAUCCACUCGGCCGCGGAGAACCAGCAUGUGUACAACCUCUGUCGACAGCAUUCCGGUCGAUACUGCUGGAUUGGGCUAGAAAAAGAAUCGACUGGACACUUCCGCUGGACAGAUGGAUCGGCCUUUACCUACAACAACUUCCACUCCGGCGAGCCUGACAAUUACAACAACGAGGAAGGAUGUGCCUUGAUGCCCCUACACGACUCUAACUAUCCGAAUGGUCUGUGGAGUGACAAGAUGUGUGUGGCUCACUACGAUCUCUCCAACUUUGUGUGCAAGAUGUCAGGGACUUCACACAUGACUUCACCAACACCUGUUGUUACAAACCCGCCAAGUCACACGCACAGUUCCGGCACGCACAAACUGUACGUACAAGGGACCCACCUUAUGAUGGAUGGUCAUCGAAUCUUUUUGUCCGGUACAAACCAGCCAUGGGUGUCAUAUGCCUAUGAUUUUGGAAACCACCAGUACGCCUCGAGGAAGACAAAGUUCGAACAGGCCCUGCAACAAGUGCACCAGGCUGGAGGAAACUCUAUAAGAACGUGGAUACAUAUUGAGGGGGAAACAUCACCACAGUUCGACAGCAGCGGUCGAGUGACAGGAUUAGAUCGGGACGGCACGUUCAUCAGUGACAUGAGAGAAUAUCUCCAAGCCGCGAGGCGCUACAACAUCCUGAUCUUCCCUACGCUUUGGAAUGCGGCUGUCAACCAAAACUACCACUACCGUUUAGAUGGACUAAUCAAGGAUCAAUCCAAGCUUCAGUCCUACAUUGACCACGCGCUCAUUCCAAUGGUGCAGGCGCUCAAGGACGAACCGGCUCUUGGUGGAUGGGACAUUAUGAACGAACCCGAAGGCGAACUCAAAGCGAACGUGUACAGCGCUGAUCCGUGUUUCGACACCCGACCAUUGAACAAUCAGGGUCCCGGAUGGGCCGGUAAAUUGUACACCGCCCAAGAACUUGCCAAGUUCAUCAACUGGCAGGCAGCCGCCAUCAAGAGUGCCGAUCCUCACGCUAUGGUCACUGUCGGUGCCUGGAACCCUAAAUCUAACACCGAUAAUUUCGGAUUCCACAACUUGUACAAAGACGAGUGUCUGAAGAAAGCUGGCGGAAAACAGCUAGGAACACUGACAUUCUACUCCUUUCAUACGUACGCAUUUAACGGUCACUACGAUGGACAAUCUCCUUUCCAGCACAGCCUCAGUGAAUUUGGUGUCGACAAACCCGUGGUUAUUGCGGAGUUUAACCAGAAGAAAGGGGGUGGAAUGACUUCACAACAACAAUAUCAAUACGCAUAUAAUCACGGCUACUCGGGCGCAUUGGCAUGGGCCUACGACAGUGGUUGGUCAACCGAGCAACAUGGUGUAUCUUCUAUUCGUUCAAAAAACGACCAAUCAAAGGGUGGACUCGUUGCCAUCAAUUUAAGUUGA